AUGGUUCAACCAGCAGCCGAGAAAAAACAUACUUAUAUCAGACCAAACUCCGUUUCUUCGUCCGGUACACCUGAAGAAAUGGACGUGGAGCAGACUACUUCCAGUCCAGCCACUGUGGUGCAACAAAAUGACUCCCCGCGUUCCUUUACCGAGACAAGCAUUGCAUACGGGGUGAUUCAUAGAAGCAUGGAAUCCCACAAUCUCUUCCAAGCUUUUAUCUCGAAUUGCUUUCCAACCCAUUUAUCACCAACUUCUCACUCCUGGAUUCCCUUACUCGGGAAGAUACCCAGCAGAGUUGAAGCGUUGGAAACAUCCACUGCAGCGAUUGCGGCUUCGGCAAUCGGUCAUAUGUUUCAAGACACUGCUCUGAUAAAGCAAAGCCUUAAUUAUUACACCCGUGGCCUUAAUCAACUUCAGAGGGCAUUGCGGGAUCCGAAUCUUAUGCGAGAAGACGGUACUCUUGCCGCAUGCAUGGCGUUGAGCCUUUACGAGGCACUUGAAUGCCCGAAUCUGGGAUCCGAAGGCUACUUCAACCAUUGCCAUGGUCUGAUUGCCCUGAUUAAAGCGCGUGGCCACGAGGCGCAUUCUUCGGGGGUGGGGCAUCGAUUGUUCCUUGGCGUUCGAGUCCCAGGGAUAUUGUCUGCCUUGUACUGCCGCACAUCGAGCAUGUUCUUGGAGCCCAGUUGGAUGGAAAACCCCUGGGAAGGGAUACAAAAAACACACCGUGAUCGGGUAACAGAUUGCUUGGCCCAAGCCCCUGCGAUCCUAGAGCAGGUAGGAUCACUGAUCCACAUGAGUCCAGUACAACAAUCGAGCCUGCUUCAAAAACUCAUAAGUGAGUGUGGGCACAUCGACGAACAGAUUGACAACAUCUAUGAAGACAUGCAACUAUCAGCCGCAGGUGCUCUUUACUGGCCAGUGGAAUCGCAGCUAGAUUCUGUGGCUGGAUUACAGGGCGCCACAACCCUUUUUCCUGUCAUUUUUUGCUUUCAGAACAUCCAAAUCGCUGCUACAUUGGUGCUGUUAUGGGCAACGCGGACGAUGCUUUGGGCGGGCCUCACCAACAUGUAUCAGCAUCUGGAAGCAAUUACACCCUGUGAGAGCUUCAGCCCAAGCCCCAGUUUGGAGGCGCUCAGUGGCUCAAAUCCGGCUCUUCGUUGCAAAGAUUACAUAUUGAUGGCUCAUCAAGUCUGCCAAUCUGUGGAGUACUUUCUGAAUGAUGAAAUGAUGCUAUCUGGAGCCUUAUCUGUGAGCCCUGCACUUGGAAUCGUGGCUGACAGUCUAUGUAAUCGACCGGGACAUGCAGAGGAGAUUGCAUGGAUCCAACGCGCCAUGGGAUUAGCUCGUCGGAAAGGAAUGGGUGUGCUGGAACAUGUCAAAUUAUGA